GCGUUUCGUUUUUUCCCUCCCCUAAUAUUCCAAAACGUCUUGAAUUCAUCAUUACUAGUUUCCUUUCCUUAGUAAAACCCUACAUUUCUCCGCCCGCCUUUGAUUUCUCCCCGGCCGUUCCCGCCGCCGGUCUCCGAUUUAACCAGGAUUGAGUCUAAUUCCUUCUUUUUGUGCUCAUUGCUGUCGGAUUCUCUACCGGCGUUACAUCGACCAGCCAGACUCUUCCCCAUUUGACUGCUUUACUGAUUCAAUCGCUCUUUUAGGUCUGUGUAGGUUUUGAAAUUCUGCGGAUCAGAUUCUGAAUUUUUUUCUUUUUCGAUUUUUGAUUUACGAUUGAUUGAAAUUGAAAUUUGUUAUAGUUUCGGAUUAUGGUAACUACUUUCUCAUAAUUUUAUUAUAAUUGAGAUUAAGGAUCAUUUCCAUAGAGUACCCAAGGUUUUGAUUCUCCCUCUAUCCAUCUAAGACAAUUGAAUUCAGGAUUCAAGUAAUGUUUAGAUUCUUAUAUGAAAGCAAGUGGAUAUGUAAGAGAGGUUACCAAUAUAAUCCGCAACAAGUAUCGUUGGCACUAGCUUGAUGGAGUGUGGAUACUUCAGAUUCUGGAAGUUGUGACUCAGUAUCUCCCCUUCAACGAAUUAGCAUCCUGCGCAAGAAUGUCUAUUGCAUCAUCACUUACUUCAGCCACACUUUGCGGCGCCUCAGUUUUUCCUAAAGCAUUAGCCUGCAGCUCUGAGUUCCCUAUCAAUCUUCCCAGCCCUUUUGAAAGUUCAAAGAUUUGUUUGACUUCGUUUCCUGCCUCUAGGGAUCUCAAGAAAAAUGCUACUUUGAAUCUGACUCGAAAUGUUGGUCCAGUCAGGUGUCAUGCUAUGCAAGCUGGGACGAGGGAGUUGAAGAAAUUUGAACUUAGUGAUGUGAUUGAAGGGAAACAGUUUGAUAGAGAGAUGCUAAGCGCUAUAUUCGAUGUUGCACGCGAAAUGGAAAAGAUAGAAAAGAGCUCUUCACAAAGUGAAAUCCUCAAGGGUUAUUUAAUGGCUACCCUCUUUUAUGAGCCUUCUACCCGUACCAGGCUUUCAUUUGAAUCUGCUAUGAAACGCCUUGGAGGUGAAGUCUUAACUACUGAGAACGCUAGAGAGUUUUCGUCUGCCGCGAAAGGGGAAACACUUGAAGACACAAUAAGAACAGUGGAGGGUUAUUCAGAUAUAAUUGUGAUGCGACAUUUUGAAAGCGGUGCUGCAAGAAAAGCUGCAGCUACUGCCAAUAUACCUGUCAUUAAUGCAGGUGAUGGUCCUGGAGAGCAUCCUACUCAGGCUCUAUUGGACGUCUAUACCAUCCAAAGUGAAAUUGGAAAAUUAGAUGGCAUCAGUGUAGCCUUAGUUGGAGACCUUGCCAACGGAAGGACUGUGCGGUCUCUUGCAUACUUGCUUGCCAAGUUCAAAGACGUGAAGAUCUACUUUGUUUCCCCUGAAAUUGUGAAAAUGAAGGAUGAUAUAAAAGACUAUUUGACAUCAAGCGGGGUUGAAUGGGAAGAAAGUUCAGAUUUAAUGGAAGUAGCAUCCAAGUGUGAUGUAGUUUAUCAAACACGAAUCCAAAGAGAGAGGUUUGGAGAAAGGCUGGACCUUUACGAAGCAGCUCGUGGGAAGUAUAUCGUAGACAAGGAUCUGUUAGGAGUGAUGCAGAAAAAAGCUAUUAUCAUGCAUCCUUUACCGAGAUUGGAUGAAAUCACCGCAGAUGUUGAUGCUGAUCCAAGAGCUGCCUACUUCAGACAAGCAAAGAACGGUUUGUUCAUUAGAAUGGCUCUUCUAAAGCUACUGCUUGUCGGUUGGUGAUUGGAUAGUUCAUGGUCGUUAAGUUAAAUCCUUUAAUGGACUGAUUCUCAAGCCUACCAUGAGCUCAAGGAAUCUGCAAUAAUAAAAUCCGAAGCUUUAGUGAUUUUUGAGUGUUAAGCACAAAAGCUGUGAUCUUGAUGUUAAUUAAAAGAAGGAUCUGUUGGUUUGUUGGUUAAAAGACUGAUAUGAGGAAGAGUUGUUGAACUUAAUGAAUAAAUUGAUUUGAGCUAUUUUUCACAGUUUGGCCUACCACUUCUCCA